AUGAAGUUUCUGGUGUUUGCUUGUUCGGAUUCCCGAGUUAACCCUGCUCACAUCUUGAACUUCCAACCUGGGGAAGCCUUUGAAAUUAGAAACAUUGCAAACAUGGUUCCACUUUUUGACAAGACACAACACUCUGGUACUGGUGUGGCUAUGGAAUAUCCAAUUACAAAACUCAACGUGGAAAACAUUCUGGUGAUUGGUCACAGCCGUUGUGGUGGAAUAGAGGCACUCAUGUCCAUUGAAGAUGAUGCAGCUCCUAAUAAGAGGUAA